AUGGCGUCUCCCAGCAUAGUCGAUGACGUUCGCGUGCUUUACAACGCUACCUAUAGCUUCGUCGAAUCGCCCUCUAUUCGCGUCCUUGUUGGCAGCGAUGAGCCACCAACGCCCUUCUUCGUCCAUGAAGCUCUGAUCACCCAGCGCAGCGUCUUCUUCGCGAAAGCAAUCGGUGGUGAUUGGAAAGAGUCUGCAGAACGCAGUGUGCCGCUUCCCGAUGACGAGCCAGCCGUGUUCUCGCUGUACUUGAUGUGCUUAUACACGAAGACACUCCCUGUCCAGACGCCAGAGUUGGAGACUGCUGAACAACAACAUCAGUAUAGGCUUCUGUGCAAGCUGUAUGUACUGGCUGAGAAGCUGAUAGACAGCACCACGAAGGACACGAUUUUUGCUGCACUUUCUGCGCACGCCCAGGAAAUCAACUUCGUUUUUCUGCCAGACAGCGACGCAGUUCAAAUCAUUUACGAAGGCACACCCGAGAACGAUGCAGCUCGCCGCUGGCUGGUCAACCUGUACACUGACCAUGGGCUUUGCGAUGAUUUGGGGCUCUGCGAUGAAUUGGGAGUGAUCCCAGCAGACUUUCCCAAAGACUUCCUAAUGGAUCUCGCAGUCAACAUGAUGGCGAAACGCGCUCGGCCUGGUGCCUACAAGUGGAUGGAAGAGAAGCUUGCGCAGACGCGCACAGAGCUCAUGGUCAACACCGCUGACCUGACGCGUAUCAAGCAGGAGCUGGAGCAGGCAAAGAGCGAGGUAGACCUCUUGAAACAAAGAUUAAACCCAUGGUAACCACAAGCCUGAGAGUCAUUUUAUCUGCCACUAAGUCUCGAGACGCAGCUUCACAAAGCUCGUUCAUUCGUGGAGAAGAGCAGCAGACUGCACGUUACUCCUGGUCUCCACGAUACAGAGUGAGCGCGAGGCAGCGAGAGACCGUGCAUAUACAUGAGGCCGUUACCACAACUUUUAUUCACGUAGACAAGCAGAAGAAAUGAUGAUUGAACGUUUUGAUCCGGAACUCCAUUGAGCUAUAUAGCUACCCGUGAUAUCCCAACCUAAAUGAAGAAAAAUAGGCACUUGCACAUGACCUAUGUAAAU